GUCUGAUAGCGGCGAGCAGCGGCGAGCAGCGGCCGACCGCUGUCGGCGCGGCUCGACACUGCACUGGUGCGGCCGUAGGGUGUCCGGUGGGGCGCCGUGGACCCCGCAGAGGGCACGGGGCACGGGACACGUGCUCGUCCCGCCUGCAACGUCAGCCAGUCAUGGCUGCACGGGCGGCGGUGGUGGCGGCCGUCUGUGUGCUGCUGGUGGGGGUGCACGGCUUCAGAGAGCCACUGGCGUGCAGCAUCCGGUGCUGCACAUUCUCACCGAGAUGUCUGGGAGCGACGCACAUGAGCUGCCACUGUCCCGACACCAACACGAUGCAGCUGCGAAGCGGCGACAUACCGAGCACAGUGCAGUACAUCGAGAUCUUCCCGGCACAGUCGGUGACGAUCGGCCCUCGCGCACUGUACGACCUGUACGGCAUGCGUGACCUCACCGUACGCGACGUGCACUCACUGGAGGUGCUCUCGGAUGGACUGGCGCUGCACGAGGCGGCCAGUCUGCAGACGCUCCGGCUGGACCGGAUUCGUCAGGUCACACUGCGCCAGGAUGCACUGUCGGGCCGCUGGCCAGCCGAUGCUGAGCUCGAGAUGCAUCACAUCGGCAACAUGCACAUGGAGCAGCGAGCGCUCCACUUCGAGGCGGACGGCGCCGGGCCGCGGGUGCUGCUAGAGAACGUCGCCGAUCUGCACGCCAAGAGCGAUGCAUUCCGGGCUACCGUUAAGCAUCUGAUUCUGGUCAACGUCAGUAUGCGCGCCUGUCAGCCUGGGACGUUCCGAGGGAAGGUGGGCACUCUGAGUCUGCUCGGCUGCCGUCUGCAGUCGCUGGAGUCCCGCUGUGUUCAGCCGGACGUCCCCUGGGGUCGCGUAUCGGUCAACAACUGUGACCUGGGAGACGUGCGCGAGGCGGCGUUCACCGGCAAGGUAGACGCCUUCAAUCUGGAAGCGAGCAACGUUAGCCGGCUGCUGAGUGGCGCCGUGAGCAUGGAGGUACAGCGCCUCAAGCUCGAGCGGCUGCACGUGCGCGACAUGGCGGCGCGUGCGCUCGAUGUGUCCGUGUGCGGCUCGGUGGCGAUCAUGGAAUCGCGAGUGGUUGAUCUGCGCCGCCACGCACUGGCUGCCGUGAAACUGGCCGAUUGUCGCCGCCGAGACCGGCGACCGUUCACCAUCCACCUACUGCACGUGGGCCGAGCUGAGAGCGGCGCCCUGGCCGUGCAUCCGUCGGUGCCAGCCAGCGCCGUCAACUGGGACUCCAUCACGUUCGAUACGGCGUGCUCGUGUGAGACGCGCGCUGAUGUCGCCGCUCUGGUGGCCGGUGACGAUGCGGCGGCCAUGACGGACACGCAGCGGGCCCUCACGGAUAUCGUGUGGGACCGCAGCUUCUGUACUGACGCCGAUGGCGACCCGCUGCUUCUCAGCGAUACGGCCGCUGACUGCCCGGACUGGGGGUGGCCGGAUGACGGUGCUGGCAGCGGUGGUGGCGAAGACACCAGUCUGGACCAGAGUGUCGUGUUUUAUGGUGUGAUCGGCGGCGUGUCUGCAGUGGUGCUGGCGUUCAUCUGUCUUCUGGUGGCGAAGCGACGCCGGGUGAGCCGCGCGCUCGGCUGUGCCGGCAGCGGAGCGUCGCGCGGGGAGGACCCGUCUGUUUGCGACACCCUGCAGAGUCGGCGCACGGCAUGCACAGCCGCCAACUCGACCCUGUCCUCUGUUGGAGGCGGCUCAGCGCACGGCACGCAGUUGCGCUAUGAGAAGGGCUUGCCAGACCUGUUGACAGCAGCGCCUGGCGUGGACCUUUCGCCUCAACACCCUGGCUCCUACCCCGCACCGCACGAGCACAUCUACGCCGAGAUCGGCCCUAACCCGGUCGUGGCCGACUACGCGGACCCACGCGACUCGCUGGCGUUCCGCGGGGAGCAGCGAGACGAGCCGGCGGUGGAGCGAGGACAGUAUGCCGAGAUCGCUCCGCUGGUCGGCGAUCCAGAGCUGGCCGAGAGGGCCCCUCCGCCGCCGUCCAGCCCCCCACCGGCGGGCAGUGACCCGUGCUUAGUGACUAACGAGAUGUACUGCCCCGUCACACAUCUGUGACCCAGGACGGCGCUGUGAAUGUGAAUGUGACCCGGUCGCACAUCUGCGAUUGUGGGAGGAACACAGCGCAGUGCAUGUGACACCGGGAAGUGCCAUGACUGUGACAUUACUCUGCCACAUAUCUGUGACCCGCGAUGCGGCAUUGUGAGGUGGUGACUGGACGGUGCUGUGACAGUAACAUGACACUGCCCCUCGCCUUAUCUGCGAGACCAAGGCAGUGCAGUAUCUGUAACUGGUGCCUGCGUGUUGCUGUCGCCUGUCACCACCCGGAGAGUCCGGCCCAUCUUUCUGACGAAAUGUGGCGAUUCAGCGGACACCGAGCACGCGCUGGCUCGCCUCGGCCGCUGACGGCUGAGUCACGGAAGUGCAGCCGUCCCGAGCCGACCAUGCCCUCCCGUGUCCUCCAUGUGCCCUCUCCGUCCCCGGGGAUGGAGAGCGGGACUGUAACGGACCUCCAUUCCGUGAAAAUGUGGCGCUGCUGUGAUAGUAUAGCCCCGGAUUGACUGCAGACAGGGCUGGGUGGGAUCGAGUGUCAGUCGACCCCCGAGAAACCAUGAGCUUUGUGACGGGCGGUGCUGAUCAAAUGACAGACGGAUGGGCUGGAUGGUGCACGUUUUAUGUUGAUAAGUUGCCCUGUUUUACCUCAAACGAGGCCAGAAUACUCUCAAGGGUUUUCCUACUCCUAUGCUUUGUCGGUACCUAUGCUGUAUUGACACUCGAUUACCGUCGAUAUACAAUGCUAUGCAGUUUGCGUUAAUUUUUGUGUUGUGUAUUUUUAUCAAGCAUCACUUGAUUCAUCAUGUCCAAAUCAGUCAUGCCCUUUACUGUGUCCGAUUGUUCGAAACUUUUGCUUAGUGUGAAUGGUCGAUGAUCGUCAUGCAUAUGUUUCGAUUUAAUUCAAGAAUCAUUGUCGCUGAAUACACUGCGCUUUUUGUAA